CCCCCCCCCCCCCCCCCCCGUUGGUGGCGCCAAGCGGCUUAAGCGCCUGGGCCACCCGGGAACCCAACGCCUGACGCCAAGAGGCUUAAGCAUCUGACCCGCCUGGGAACCCAGCGCCUGGCGCCAAGAGGCUUAAGCGCCUGGCCCGCCCAGGGUCCCAGAGCCCCCAGCAGCCCCUCCCUUCUUAUGUCACUACAUCUGUACGAUCGCCAUUUUACCGUCCGCACAGAUCAUGCGGCGCUGCAGUACGCCUUGCGGGUUCAACAGCCAUCGGGACAAUUGUCUCGAUGGUUGGAGAUUCUCCAAGAUUUUGAUUUUGAGACUACAUAUCGUAAGGGCAUUUGCCACACGAACGCAGACGCUCUGUCGCGUUUGCCACCCACCUCCGAGUGCGCUUGCCUCCUGGGUUCGGGGCGUUGCAGACCUCCGAAUGUGAUCUCCGAUUCGGUCCUUGCGGCUGCCGCUGAUGCGCCUUCAAUUGCGGGUCCUAUUGAGCAAGAAGGGAGGGAUUCUUUGCUGGGAUUGUCUGUUGCGGAGUGGGGGGCGCCUCCAAAUGGAGGACACCUCCCUCCUCGCUUUGCGCCGUCGCAUCGGGGGAGUUGGUUGGGGGGCGGAAAAUGUCGACUCGUGGGGGUUAUUCCAGGGUCUUUUCAUGCAUUGGGACGGGAGAUCUCGCCGCCACCGGCUGGUGGUGCCUUCCACAUUGAGGGGUAGAGUGGUGUGGGCUGCGCACGAGCGACUCCUUCACCUGGGGACUCACAAAACUCUUGCCAUGCUCCAACUGGAUUUUGGCAAGGGACGUGGAUGAUUUUUUAGGGUCGUGUACUCAGUGCGCGCAACGGAAGCCACCAGCGAGGGGGUCCAACCCACCAUUGCAGUCUAUCAAAGUUUCCCGGGUUAACGAGCUCGUCGCGCUUGAUAUUCUGGGCCCAUUCCCCGCUACACCUAUGGGAAAUAAAUACCUAUUGACCGGGGUGGAAUAUUUUACGCGAUGGCCUAUGGCCUGGCCCCUCGCCAACCAGUCGGCAGCAGCCAUCGCGGAGGCCUUUGUCCAGGGCUACGUCCUCGACAAAGGUGCUCCGGAGCGGCUGCUGACCGACCAGGGUAAAAAAAUUUCGGGUAAACUUCUCCACGAAGUGUGCGUGCUCCUGGGUACGAAAAAAAUUUGUACCUCCCCAUAUCAUCCGCAAACUGACGGGAUGGUGGAGCAUCUGCAUCGGACUAUCACGUCCAUGCUGUCCCAACAGGUGUCUGAAUCCCAGACCGAUUGGGACCUUCAUAUUCCGGGGGUUUUGGCGGCCUACAGAAUGGCUCCUCAUGCGGCGACCGGAUUUUCGCCCUUCUUCCUAAUGUACGGUCGCGAAGCUAACCCACCUGUCGCGACUCAGCUGCAGAUCUCCACGCCGCAUGCUAAAUCCAAAUUGACUGACCAUGUCAAAUUCAACAUCGCUAAAUUGACAGAGGCGUGGGAGGCGGCCAUCCAAAAUUCAGAACUCCGCCAGAGGGCGAAUGAAAGGCUCAGGCUGGGUCGGGCACAUGUGCUCCAGUGGAAACCGGGUGACAAGGCGUGGUUGCACUGUCCCCAAGUACCACUGGCGACCUUGUCUAAGCUGGUGCGGCCGUGGCGGGGGCCCGUCGAAGUGGUGCAGGUCUUGCAGCCACAAUGUGUACGUGUCCGAUGGGGGAAGCGUCGGUGGUUCGUGCACCCCUCCAGGUUGAAACCAUUCGUUGCGCCCCAUGUUCCUACCACACACACGCAUGGCCAAACAUGUGAGGGGUCCACCGACUCCCUGAGUCCGACUUCGCUGCUUUCGCCUGACUUGCCACCGACUGUUCCACCUCCAGGUGCACCAGGAUUGAAGUGCUCACGACCGCCAACCCCUCUCGGGGGGGUCGGGGGUCGCUCAUCUGCGAAGCCAGAUACUCUCGCACCCGGACUAUUGACACCCACCACUGGGCCAACCGGGGCUGCCCCUUGUGACGGUCCCGCUGCAAGAAUGCGCGCCAAAACGCGCAGACUUUUGCGUCCACCAGCGUCCCCCAGCGCCCACCCGGGAGCGAUGGAGCUCUACGCGAGCAACGUGUCGGCCACUGCGGCCUUCGUGGGGUGGUCGCCGUCAUGGCGCUGCCCGCAGGGCUGGGCUCCCCGCGCCGUCCACCGCCCCGACUGGGAGCGCCCGCUGGCGGGGACGUCCCCGCGCCGGCUGCAGCGCGAGGAGCGCGUCGCGCCGGGCCGCCACCGCGUGGCACUGGAGGGGCUGACGCCGCUCACCGGCUACAUCGCGUGCGUGUCGUGUGCGCCCGUCCCGCCGCUGCUGCUCGCGCCUCCGCAGCAGCAGCAUCAGCAGCAGAGGUCGUCCCAGCAGCCGCAUCUGGCGCGGCAGCAGCCAGCGCCGCAUGGGGGCGAGCAGGGCGCCUGCGUCGCGUUCCACACGACCGGCCCGGACCUGGGCAACCGGAAGAAGGAGAUGGCGAUCGCCAUCUGGGUGUCGAGCAGCGUGCUGUUGCUGCUCAUCGCUGCCUUCCUGCUCUACGGCUGCCUGCGCAUCUGGUGCCGCCGGCGCAGGGAGCUGGGCAAGGGCACGGUGGCCGGUGGCGCCACCAAGCAGCAGCAGCAGCCGGAGGAGCAGCAGUUGUUGCCGCUGAUGCAGCAGCAGCAGCGGCAACAACAGUGUCACCAACAACCAGAGCAGCAGCCCUUCCAGGAACAGCAGCAGCUGGAGUUGAAGCAAGAGGAAGAGCAGCAGCUGUUGCUGACACAGCAGCUGUUGCUGACACAGCAGCUGUUGCUGACACAGCAGCAGCAGCAGGAGUGUCAACUACAGCAGCAGCCAGUGCAGGAGGAACAGCAGAUACACCAAAGACAUCAACAUCAGGAGCUGAGUCUGCAAGAUCAUAAUCAGCACCAUCGUCCACAGCAGCAGAAGCAACAGGAGGAGCAGCAGGAGCGGCAGCGAGAGGAGCAGCGUCAGGAGAAGCAGCAGGAGCGGCAGGAGAAGCAGCAGCAGAAACAGCAGCAGGGGGAACAGCAGCAGGAGGAGCAGCAGGAGGAGAGGCAGCAGGAGGAGUGGCAGCAGGAGGAGGAGCAGGAGAGCGACGCUGUGGAUCGUGGCGGGAAGGGAGGGCUCGCUGUGCAAGAGGAGCAGCAGCUGGGAGGGCGAGCGGCGACUCCAAGCCCGGACCCCGGCCGGACGGGCGACCCCAGGGUGCUCGCCCCGAGCCAAGGCCGUGUGGCCGUGGUCGCUGGUGGAUCUGGGCUGGCGGAGUGAGAGGGCCCCGAGCGGUGGAGCUGCCGCGGGGGGAUCGGCGUCUCGGUGCUAGUGGAGCUGGGCGCUGCCGAGUUGGGGAUCCGUUCGGUUUUGCUCGCGCGGUCGAUGACUCGCGUCGCUGUAACUCGGCCGUGGCCUGGGCGGCCCGGAGAUCACGGCGCCGAGCCGGUGACCCCGAGGUACUGGGUUUAAAGCUGGGUUUUGGCCGCUAGGGGUUAAACCGGGUUUCUUAAGGGUGGCGAGUUGAUGGUCGAAGCCCGGUCACCAACGAUGGGUGGAGACCUAGACUCCAAUACCGAUUUACGAACACUAUUCGAUGCUCUUCAGUAGAGGACUGCAUGUGGAGACCCAUCGACUCCCAGAGUCCUAUACAUUCACGUAGGCUGAGUUGAUAUUAAACCAGGGCUCUUAAGUCGUGAUGGUCUCAGCCCGGCCAUCAAUGGCGACACAAAAUACACCACCAUGUUACUUUUGGGUUUGCACUUAAUUUAGCCGAAUUCCAGCUCCGACAAUUAAAAUAUCGGUUUGACCAGUCACGCCACAAACAUUACCCUCAUUUGGCAGAAGGGCUGGGAAGGUGCUGCCCGCUACCGUGUGGGCCGGAAGUCACGUGAAGGAGGGGAUCUCAGAGGUGGUCCUGUGAUCGUGGCUGUGACAGUAUCAUGGACACACUUUCACUGUGGCUCUCCUGCUCUGGGCUAUUUCUCUGCCGAACAUCGACCUU